UUAUCUUAUUGCUAAGUGGCGCCACUAAAUGCAAUUUAAUUUUUACGGAAAAUGUCGAAAAUAUGGUUGACGCCUGCAAUAAAAAUUUUUCUUUUUAUACAUGAACUCUUAUCGGCAAAACAACAUUUUUUUACAUGAUUUUUUUUUCUUUUUUUUUUCCACAAAAGAUGAAUUUAUUUUUUCAAAACUUCGAAAGAGAUCAUACCUAUCCUCGUUUAAAUUUUCAUCCAUAAAAUGAGACGUUGUUCAUGAAAAUUACUUGAGAUUUACGAUUGGGUUUGAUUAUUGGUGUAAAUCGUUAUAUUUACAAUCAAGAGUAAUGAACAGCGUUAACUGAUAUUCAUUAAUUUAUAUAACACCUUUGAUAUUACUGAUAACAUGGCUGAUCCAACGAUACAGACUUUUUGUUGUCGCCAUACAAAUAAAACGGAUAUGGCUAUUAAAAUAAUGGAAGAAUUUAAUACAGAUAUAUAUAAUAUAGUAUGCAUGGUUUCUUCGACAAUGGGAAUACUUGGAGCUGUUUAUCAAGUGUUACCACGUGAAAUGUCAAAUCUUCCUCAUCGGUGGAAUAGUUUUUCGGCAUCGAGAGGACGUGAAAUUAUUGUAUGGCUUGCAAUUGCUGAUUUAUUUGCCUCUUUAGGUAUAUUUAUAAGAUCGGCAUUAUGGAUUAACUUUAAAUCUAUUAUGCCAAUGGAAGAUGAUACUUCUAGCGUUAUAUUUUGUGCUCUUUCUUCGGCAUGGACACAAUAUUUUUAUAUGGCUACAUGGAUUUGGACAUUGUGCUAUGCUGUGGAUAUGAAAUUAUUACUUAAUGAUCGAUCUGGUCAUCCUAUUUGCUAUCAUUUAUUUGCAUGGAUUUGUCCUGCUUUAUUGACAGUUUUUGGCUUGUCAAUAUUAUAUGUUCCAGAUGCAAACUGUCAUAAUUUAACGUCAUUGUCCAUUGCGAUAUUACGCAUUCUUCCAAAUUAUUGUACAACAUAUGUCUUAUUGGCAAUUGUUAUGAUAAUAAAUCCUCUUCUUUAUAUUGCUUCAACUCGUGAUCUCAAAACAGCUGUUUCAUGUAGUUUAGCACAAAUGACUGGACGUGAACGAAAAUUAGUUCAAACUAUUAGACUUAAGUUUGCAUUAAUUAAUAUUGUUUAUUAUAUAUGUUGGGUACCAAAUCUAAUCAAUGGUGUUUUAUUAUGGACACUAUGGUUUCAGUUACCUGUUAAAGCAAUUAUUACUUUGUGGUAUAUGAUGGCAGUGACAAAUCCACUUCAAGCAUUUUUAAAUGCAUUGGUUUAUCAGAGAUGGGGUAGAAGAGAAAAAUUUCGAUUAGAAUGGUGUCAGAAAUUAGGAAGCUUCAGUUUAAAUCAAAUUUCGAAAGGGAAUGCGGAUAUAAAUUUGAAUGAAUCAUCUCCUUUGUUAAAUCAAUAUGCCCGUACACCUCAUACAAGUAUAAAUGGAUCUUCAUCAUUAUGAAAAACUGUGAUAAAGCUUUUAGUGUAUUUUUAGAAACAUAGGAUUAGUUACGAUAAAA